AUGUACGUCAACACGGUUCGCAAGAACAUUGCCCGUGUCCUGACGGUGAUCAACCUCAAGCAGCGUGCUAACCUGCGUGAGCUCUACAAGGGCAAGAAGUUCCAGCCCCUGGACCUGCGUGCCAAGAAGACCCGUGCUCUGCGCCGCAAGCUCACAAAGCACGAGACUAAGGCCACGACGGAGCGCCAGCACAAGAAGAACGUUCACUUUGGCACCCGCCGCUUCGUCAUCAAGGCGUAA